GGGCAAUCAAGCAUAAAGAAACCAAGGCACGACGUGUGACGAUGUCAGGGCGUCGAGUAGGCAACGGCACGGCGGCGUCAAGCUCGUGGCCGCAAGACAUUGAUAUAGAGCACAUGUACGGUGAAUGCCAGAAGCGCAUGGAGCGGGCGGUGGACCACUCAACGGACUUUACAAACUGGGCAUUGGUAUCGUCUCACAAGUCCCAGGUCCGCGUCUACCAAAACGAACGGAACGCGUCCAACCAGCAAUGCGCCAUGCGGUUGGUGAUCCAGGUGCCUGGAACAGUGCAUUCGUCCGUGGACAUGCUUCGACUCUUGGACAGUCCAAGCUUCCGCCUCAUCAUGAAGGAAAUGCACGGGAAGACGUUCAUCGACGGCGAAGUCCUGCAUGCCGACGGUCCGAGGCAUAACGACUCCGAGUCGUCGCUGGCACUCAAGUGGAUUGCGCUCAACACGGGUACCAUGUUCACCAAGCCAAAGGAGUUCCUCUACUACGAGUACUGUGGCGUGCAUCACUCGAGAAAGUACGGUCCUGUGGGCGUUGUGUUUCUCGAGUCGUACGACGGUGUGGGCGCCAAGUACGGCAUCCGUGCGCGGCCAGACAGCUUCAAACUCGCGACGUUCGAUCCGAGCUACUUUAUCAUGACUCCGUCUGCCGAACCCGGGAAAACGGUGAUCACCCUCACCGUGUCCAGCAAGAAGGCGGGCGGGUCGAAUCUCGUGAGCCCGUCGCUCAAGACGCUCAUGCUCAAGUACACGGCCAACUUUGCCAAUCUCGAAGGCCUCGCGCGGACGUCCAUGAGUCUUCCGAGCAGCAGGACCCAGUCGAACACGAUGCCGGACGUGUCCCCGCCGCCGUCCCGCAACCCCGACCACAUCAUUCCCGCCCACCGCGCGUCCGAGCCCCCCCCGCCUCGUCCGGCCUCGCUCGCGUCAGACACGUCCGCCAGCUCGGCACCGCCACACACGAGCAAGAAGAAGCCCCCGUCGAAGCGGCAAGAGUUCAUCAAUUCGGACUUUGAAGAGAUCUGCCACUCGGCCAUGCAAGUGCUCAACUGCCCCAUGGCUGGCAUCCGCACUAACUUGUUUGAGCUUGUGCAUUACGACCCCAAUGUGAACCCGGCGAACAUGCCCAAGUCGCUGCCGACGUUCCGCCGCAUGGCGCAGAGCGGCAAGCCGUGCGUGGUGCUGGACGUCAACUCGGACAAGCGCAUCAGCGUCGACCGCCGAGCCACGUCGCGCAUCCAGUUCUUCGUGGGGGUGCCGCUGACCCUCGAGAGUGGCGAGUGCAUCGGAGAUAUCUGCGUGGCCGACGUCAAGCCGCGCAAAAUCAUCGACUUUAACGCACUGGAGAUCCUCAAAGUGCUCGCGCAGUCGGCGACGCAGUACAUGAGUGCCGCAGAGUACUUGGCCGAGUUCACAGACCUCCCGAGGGACAUGGAACUGAAUGGGCAACUCAACCGAAGGAAGGAGCCUGUCGUUCUCCCCCGUGCCCCCCCCCCGAUGGCUGAGACCUCCUAUGCUCACCAUCAGUCUUAUGACGAUUACAUCCAAGAGGACGAGUUCUAAGUCUUAUCAACCACAAGAUAAGGAACCCCAUAGUGUCAAUGCAUUGGUUGGUUGGUAUGGUG